AUGGACGAUAAAGCAGAUGAUAGAAGUAAUAAAAUAAAUAAUGAAAUGGAUGAUGAAGCAGAAUUUAAAGAUGAUGAAGCAGAAUUUGAUAAAAUAGAUAAAAUAGAAGAGCUUACUAUAGUUUCAGCCUAUUAA